UUGUUUUCCAUGUUUCGGAAAAUGCGUAGAGGUUAGUAAAAUUUUGCAUAAUAAAUGAUAGAUACAAAUGGCAAGAUACCUGGCGCAGUUGAUCGUGGCCGGGACUCAGGUGGUAGCGCGAGCAUUCGCGAGGGCUGUCAAGCAAGAAAUCGAAGCGUCGCAACAGGCGGCACAACGACUAGGUAACGCCAAAACCAGGACCGAGAGGUUAGCUAAUCAAAAACUCGGUCUAUCACUGGAAGAGGCCAAACAAAUAUUGAACGUCAGCGAACUAACGAAGGAAGAAGUCAACAGAAGCUACGAAAAUCUGUUUAAGGCGAAUGAAAAGACCUCAUUAUAUUUACAGUCAAAAAUCGUUAGAGCUAAAGAGCGUUUAGACCAUGAGCUCAAAGAAGGAAGUGCUGAUGGAACAUCGAGUAGUAGUAAAACUUAGGUUACUAUAGUAUAAUAAAUGCCUUAGUGAAAUAAAUGUUGACUGUUAAGUAGAUUUACAUUUUAUUUACAAUUAAAUCCUAUUUAC